GAAAUUGCUUUUAUUGUAGUCAGCAUCAUCGUCCUAAGGUCAGGUAAUGUUUAUUGCUUACACAAAGUAAUAUUAGAUUCUGUCCCGUACCAAGCUUCCCCUUCCACUAUAAAUAGUGAAGAGAGGCACACCCUUAUGCAUCCCUGUGUGUCUUAGUCUUAAUUAAGAGUCUCACCCUUCUUAGUCUCUCUUUGAAAAUGAAGACCUCAUAUGCAACAUUGUGCAUCAUGCUUACUUUGCUUCUUCUAGGUCAGAGUGAGUUGUUGUGUAUGGCAGCAGUGACGUGUAACGCGUUGCAGCUGAGUGCAUGUGCCAGCGCCAUCACGUCCUCAACUCCUCCUUCAGCUCUUUGCUGUAGCAAACUGAAGGAACAAAGGCCUUGCCUUUGCCAGUAUUUGAAAGACCCCAACCUCAAGAAGCUUGUUAACUCUCCUAAUGCUAGGAUGGUAGCUAAUGCAUGUGGUUCCCCAUUCCCCACCUGCUAGAAAGAAUUCAGUAUUUCACUAGUCUCUCUCAAUCCAACCACUAUAUAGGAGCAUCUUAUGUGUUUUUUCUGUGUAAUGUACUCUGUUUUGCUUGGGAUCAUCAAGUGGGACAGGUCCUCUGCUUGUCCCUCAGUGGUGUGGUCGUGCUACAACGAUGUGUGUCCCUUGUUGGAGAAUUUGAUCUUGUACCACUUUUUGCAUCUAUUAAUGAAUAUGUAUGUGGUUUUUGCUGAUUCUGAGCGCUCAGCUUUUA